AUCUUGAUGUGAUUUGGAUACAUCGCGGCAUCACCUUGUUUUGUUAUUAAUUUAACUAUAAAAUUUGUAACUAUAGUGCGACUAGAAGAGAAAAAGCCGAAUGUUAUGAAUUAGUCUUUUGAACGUAGCUUCAAUACAAUAUAACUUUUAGGUUAGUUUGUGUAAGAAGCUGUAAGUAAAUUAUUAUAAGUUUGGACGUAAGCAUCAUACUAAAUUAAAAUGGGUGAUAAAGAAGCGCAAAAGGAGGAAAAGAAACCUAUAGUGGUAAAAAAUGCUACAGAUCUACAGAGGUUGAAAUUGGAAAAGCUCAUGAAGAACCCUGAGAAACCUGUAAUUUUACCAGAACCACCAAAACAGAAAACUCUUGCAGCUCCUCCAGACUUUGUCCGCAAUGUGAUGGGCUCCAGUGCUGGCGCGGGCUCCGGGGAAUUCCAUGUUUAUCGCCACUUGAGAAGGAAAGAAUAUGCAAGACAAAAGUUUAUUCAGGAAAAAAGUGAAAAGGAAAAACUGGAUGAGGAGUAUCAUAGAAAGAUAGAAGAAAAUAAAAAAGCAGCAGAGCAAAAAACAGCUAAAAAAAGAGCCAAAAGGUUAAAACAAAAAAUGAAGGCGAAACUUAAGGGUAAGAAGCCUAAAACAAAUAAUAACACUAAUAAUUCCUCACAAUCUGAUAAUGAUAGCAACAGUGAGGAUGAAGAGAAUGAAAAUGAGGAGGGUGCAAAUGAAAAUAAAGACUCAAGUGAAACCAAAAAUGAGCAAGCUAUCUAAUAGUAUCUCAACACAUACAUCUAAAGAAAUUGUAAUUUUAAGUACAAUAUUACACUCACA